UGUAGCGUUUGUGGUAAAGACGUUGAUAAACAUGCAUCUCCUUCGUUCGUGUUUGACGUGGAGUGAUUUCGUGCCACCCUUUUUAUCAUAAUGCGGAGAUUCACCCGUGGGAAAACGGUUGGUUUGAAGGAGAGGCUGGACGGGAGCGUUGAUAGGUUGAAAGUCGGGUGGCGGGUGACUGGGAUCGGAUCCAAGACCCCCGUAGCAGCAGCAGCAGCAGCAGUGUGUCACAUGAAUGUCUGGCUUUUAGUUUGUUUUUUUAAGGAGUUGGGUGGUGAAUAAUGCAUUUCGUUCCCAUCAAAGAACAUCCUUCCUUGGCAACGCGGCUUGCUUCAAGCAGCCGCCGUGCUGUCUGGUCCUCCGAAGAGAUAGAGAUGAGAGUCUCGGUACCUCUUUUUUUGAAGGUGUCGCCUUUGUCAUGAUGCGGGACGAUGCGUAACGACGAAGCGUUGUUGUCAUGAGGAAAACGGUCGCUGUUACAAGGUGUACUAUUUACCUGUGGGUCGACGACAAAUGUUACCCGAGGGGGAGAAACUCACUCGUGGUCGUGUCGUGCGCUAUGUAUUCAAACAUUCAGACCUAUCUUUGUGGUGUCCUCCCAUUUACCCAUGCAGCAAGUAUUUUUUGGCCAACAACUUGUUUGCCUUCAUGUAGUGGUUCCCUAUAGUCUACCUGAUUUGCUGUUGUUAGAACAAACAAAUGUUGUCGAGAAACUGUUGUGACAACUCUUCGACCGAGACCAGCUGCCAAAGGCGCAUGCUGCUCGACGGGGACUCUGGCGUAUUGAUGCAUUGCUAUACAUACAUGUGCACACAUCUGACACGUCAAAAUGAUUUAUGUAUCCGGCAGCGGCGCGAGCUACUGCUGUUGUACCUGUAGUCUAGACUAUUAGUCUUUCUGUGUGUAUAUUUGUUUCUCCUAAUAUUAGUACAUGACAGCAGUAUCUGCGUUUUCGACGACGAGAGACAGUUGUGGAAGUCGAAACUUCAUAUUGCUACUGAUACAGGACAUAUCAAAACCGGUCACAAAGGAGGAACGUGCAAGACGAGGUACAGCCUGCGGAAGGCAUUCCUUUAGCCACGGAACGCACAUGUUUUACCCCCUGACAAACUGUCGGCGACCGUCGGUUUGGUCGGCAAAAAAACAAACGAGGUACUAGUUGUGAUUUUGUAACCGAAAAAAAAAACGCAAUCUCUCUUGUGCGGGACCAGAAGUAAGUCCAAUUGUUGUUGGAGAGAGAGAGAGAGAGCUUCUUGUUGCCUGCUGCGUCAACGCCCUCACCUUGCUCCGAACUUACAGCGACCGAGAGAGAGGAAAAGCGCGAGUUGAGGAGGACUUUCUGCGCCGGGUUGCAGAGUCGCGAGAGAAGUGAGGCCGAGAGAGAGAGAGUGGAGGCCAGCAAGGCGAGGCCGGCGGGACUAAAUAGACCAAGAAGACCAGGGUGGCUAACCAUCACAAAGCGAGGGGUAGACAGGGGGGGGUUGCCUGGAGACGACGAUCAUGGCUGUUCUGCCAACAGGAGGAGGAGGAGCGCGUCACGCUGUUGCUGCUGUUGCUGCUGCAGCACUGCCGGCAACACCAUC